AUGGAUACUGAUUCAGACCCAUUGCUCGUGCCUCUGCAACUGCAAGCCUUCGUCCUCAACCCAUCAGUCUGCAACACAGAUUCUCAAGACGACCAUAACGCACGAAUUGUGCCCAUCACCCAGCCAAACUACACUUUUCUACGCCUUGACAAUUUCCUCAUCCAAAGCGAUGUUCUCAAUCACGCAGAUCUUCACUGCUCAGCCCCAGCAGAAGCGAACCCUCGUCUAACUGACCUGGGCGCUCGACCUCCAACGCCUCGUAGAGACCGGCAUGGAGUUUACCUCCACUGGAUCCUUCCCCAGACCUAUCGAUCUGGAGUAGCGUCUGCCGAUUCUGUCUCCAAGGAGCGCAGAGAGGAUGAACGUCUUAGGCGUGGGCUGGCUCCAGGUAAAUCCAUCUCGGAUCCUAGGGCAGAACCAACCAAAUCCCCAGAGUUUCUUCAACCGCCGACACGAUGGAUCGUUGUUCGGAAGUUGGACUUGGACAGUAUUAGUCCUGCCGAAGCGAAGCCGUUCUUUAAAGAGUAUCAAGCUUGGGUCAUUGAGAGUGACUACCAAUGGGCGUUGGAGUGUAUCCCGCCUGACUAUGACCUCCAAGUCGAUGUCUCCCCUUUCAUCCUUGGUGUCAAAUCUGGCGAUGAUACCAAUAUCGAGCAACAGGCCGAAGUCUUCAUCGGUCGCAAGACACCUCUGGAAGACUGGUCUGAAUGCGCCUCUGCUCAUCGUGUAGACAUCAGUCUCCUUCGAAGCAGUAACCAGCUCUUUGCAGACUUCCAGCUUCACAACUCCAACGUCUUUAGCACAUUGGAUAACUUUCAGUACAGUGAUGGUUCCUCAGAGAAGCCACAGUUCUUGCAAAAGGCCAGCGCUAGCUACUACCUUCUCGGUUGGCAUCGAGAUGAGCUGAAAGACCCUCUCUGGCGGGAUGAUGUUACUCGUGAGCAGAGACUUCAGGGUAUCUUUAUGGCUCUUCAGCAAAGUGGGAUUGGAGAUGUUACCAAGUCGUGGCUGGGAUCCAAAGACCCUGCAAGAAUUUGUCUUCAUGGAGCGUUGUAUGAUGUCCACUGGGAUCAUGAGAACAAGCCCGCCACCGUUCCAGCAGAUGCAUUCAGCAAGACACUGAGAAGCAAUGAGCUUCCAGCUGUAUCUGUCGGCACAACGCCCAUUGAUGCUCUCGUCACAUACUGCUCUUCUAGGAGUGAUAAGGAGCAGAAUCAAAUCAUAAAGCAGCUCGAAGAAGACAUCCUUCUGAUCGACUCUCUACUACAUGCUAGAGACGAUGGUGUCGAAGGUCAACGAGAAGCUAAAGAUAUCUCUUACAAUUGGAGCUUCAAUCGUUCCAAGGGAGGUAUUCACUACUUCAUCGCUGGGGAAGAGGAACAAGGACAGCCAACGAAGUCUGAACCAGGAUCAAUUGACGCUCUGCGAACAUUGAACGAACAUCAAUCUUUGCUUGACGCGUGUCGCAAAGGAGCGGAGCAGUAUCGCUGGGACAUGUUCUCCCUCUGGUGGAAGUAUGUCACAGACGUCACCAACAAGGAUGACGAUGAUGUGAAUUGUCAGUAUCAGGCCAAAGUCAAGACAAUAUCCGACAGGCUUGGUGAACUCAGCGUGCGUAUGGAUAUCCUCGACGCCAAAAUCACGGUGAUGAAGGAAGAGGGUCAGGCGGAAGGAGGGACUCUUCAAGGUGUCAAGAAUGGAACUGAACCGUUCUUUUACCGCGCCCGAGAUCCUACAGUGCUGCUUGGUGGUGUUGACUCUGGCUGGCCUAUCGACUUUAACGAUAGUGUCAAUGCUCGCAUUCCUCCCCAGACAGUGUCCCCAUCUACCACCAUCCCUUCAAAUUUAUCUGACCUGGCUGCUCUCAUUGCUUCCAAGUUUCCGGACCAACGAGCUUUGAAGAAUGCUGGUCGACUAUGCUCCGAGCUUUGGACACUGUUGCCCAGUAACACGGAAAAAGCUGGGGACCUCCCAGUAGGCCAGGUGUACCCUCAAUUCCAUGACAAGCUGUCCCCUACCAGUGACAAUACUCUAUGGAGAGAUCGCUGGGAGGAUAGUCAGCCAUGGUUUCCCCUCUAUGCAGAGUGGGAAAUUGAAUACACUCAUGUCCCGUUUGAGUUCUGGCAGUUAGACCAACAAGCGUCUAGAGUGUCUGAUAGCAAGAAGACGCGAUAUGGUGUACCCGCUGAUGAUGGAACACCGCUCUGGGAGAAGAUGAAGUUGGGGAAACCACAGCCAAUUGAUAAUGUCCGCGUCUUAUCUGGCCGUGUUCUCAUCUUACCCCAGCCAAGCUUCUCACUCAACGCCAAGGUCAGGCAGCUCUUCGCUGAUACCCCUCCUCAGAUUCUCAAAGAAUCCAUUCCACCAGAGAAACAAACUCGGUUGAUUGAUAACAUCAAUCGAUUGUCAUUCUUGUCGGCUCCACUCGCGGGUUUGACUGAGGGUCUACUCACCCUUUCUCAAGGAACGCACAUCAAGCCUGAGAACAAGUUCGUCAAGGACGGACAGCAGCUUAGUUCCGCAAUUACGGCUGCUACGUAUCCUUUGGCUGGAUUCUCUGCAGAGACUAUUGAGAAGAUUCAGAAUAAUUCUGCACUUACGCCUUAUGCCUCAAUGUCGGACUUUAGUGUCGCGGACUUUUGCCCAUUCAAGCCUGCUACACAUGGUCAGUUCAGGUUUACCAAGUUUAAUGUCAUAGAUAAGUUCGGCCAGGCCCUUGUUGCCAUUGAUCCCAAGCCCAGGGUCGGUGGUCCAGAGCCUUUGUAUCCUUGCAUUAGCGACUAUUAUGAGCCUCAGCCUGUCACUCUCAAGGAUGAAACCAAGGUUGCAAAUACUGUGAUGAAGAAUUCUGGGCUGAAGUGUGAGUUCAUCCAAUUGCCACCUCAGAUCAACCAGAACUCUCGUCUCAACGCAUCCUUUGUGGUUUACGCUGGCGACGAAGAUGUCGCCAAGUCUAAGCCCUACUGGCGCCCUGCGACUGAGUGGGAGAAUCCUAUCUGGGGCUGGGUAGUCUUGAACUAUGCCGACCAAGGCAUCCAAUUAUUCCUACCGAACGGCGCGUUUUAUCGCGAGAUUCGUUUUGGAGGUCCUGGUGGCGUCAUCACAGAGCCAAAGUGGUUGCCGUUCAAGCGAGAUGAUGCUCUCCCCCCGCUUGAGAAUGUUGCCCAACUUGAUGCGCUUAUUAAGCGCAUGGGAGAGGAUCCUGACUAUGCUCGCGGGCUCUGGGACAUGCUAUCCAUGACCGUGGAUAAUAUGGCUCCCGCGCCUAGUGCCUACGCGGAAUUUCUGAGCUCCAUCGUUGGUAGACCUAUGGCCUUGGCCAACAUGGGCUGGUCCUUGGAACUUGAGGGUGCGCCGUUAGCGAAUCAAAGUACGAGGACCAGUAACAGUACCAAGGAACCGCUGAUGCAUCUUAUCUCCAAGGAUGAUGAUGAGAAGAACGCAUACAAGUUUCAGUUGAAGCUUGGUGACUUCUUCAGGGAGUAUGAUGGCUUGGUAGGUUACUUUGAUGCCAACAAGAACCCAGAUCCGGCCAAUAAUAGAGGAGAUGAGCUGCUGCUGGACGAAGUCAAGACUUACUUCUCCGAAGGGUCCAAGGCAACCAAUUUGACAGCCAUUUCAAAAGCCAAUUACCCCAAGUUCAACCCCUUCUGGAUCGAACAGUUCCACGACUCCAAGCCUGUUGAACCCGAAGUCUACGCUGAUAAGCGCACUAAGGAGCUUCAAAUCUUCGGCGCCAUUUUUGAUCCCUUCACUCCCAUCCACGGCUACUCUUCCAUCCUUCCGCCACGAAGCCUUCAGCUUCCUUCUUGGACCUGGCAGGAUGCCAUGCAAAACAUGACCGCCUUCUUCCACGCGGGUCCUCUGACACUCACCCAAGAUGUAGGGGACUAUGACUCAAAUAAUCCUUUGACUACUGAGACAGUUAAGAAGAGACCUGCGCGGAAUGCAGCGCUGCCGGCGCUUGAUGAAGGGGAGUGGAGUUGGCUGCAGCCGUUUGUGGAUGAGAAGGGCGGAAGUGGGCUACCCCUUUACAAUGCUUAUGGCAUUGAGGUGAAGGGGAAUCCACUCACCCCAGGGUUUGAGAAGGGUCCGUAUACGGCUGUCGAGGGUUUCUUGCAGCUUAGACAGCCUUUGUUGAAGGACAAGCCGGAAAAGCCAGCUUAG